AGUCUGUUUCCCUUUGUACUAAAAAAACCCAUCUUCAGCCCUUUUUAAUUAUCCUGAGAAAUGGAAGACGAAGAUCAGAAGGAGUUGCAGCUCCUCCCGACGCCUCACUCGAUGGCAUCGUCAUCCCACAUGUCGUCUCGGGCGGGCGAGUCGUCGUUCCGGUUCCGGUCGACGACGAURUCGGAUCCGCUGUUCGAAGGCGGGGGUGCAGGUGCAGGUGCAGCAGGUGCGUCGCUGGACCUGCAGCUGUCGAUCAGCGUGAGGCCAAUCCGGGCGGCGUCGGAGCUGAUGAAGCCGGAGGCGGCGGAGGCGCUGAAGUGGCAGGCGGCGGAGCAAAUCCGGCUGGCCGCGAUGGAGAAGGCGUACGCGGAGAGGGUGAGGGAGCUGACGAAGCGGGAGAUAGAAUUGGCGCAGACGGAAUUCGCGAGGGCGCGGCAGAUGUGGGAGAGGGCUCGCGAAGAGGUUGAAAAGGCGGAGCGUAUGAAAGAGAGAGCCACGCGCCAAAUGGAUUCUACGUGCAUGGAGAUCACCUGCCAAUCCUGCCGCCAGAGGUUUCGGCCUUCCUAAAUCCUAAUACCGUCAUUAAUUACUUUUUAUUUCUCCCCAUAUUUUCUUCCCACAAGAAUCUACAACUGAAAUUCAGAGAGUUUAAGAAAAAAUUAAUAGAGAAAAUAUGGGUUAUUAGUCAGAUCAUCUCAUCAAUCACACACAAUAAAGAAAUUUGGAAGCGGAAUGCAAGUUUUCUUUUUUCUUUUUUUGGAAUUUGGGUUGAUUUUCUCUUCUUGGCUUCUUUAAUGUGAUGGAUCAUGGAUCAAGCUGGGUGGUUUAAAAUUAAUUAAGUUGUAUGAUUAUAGUAAUCAUCUGAAUGAUUUGUUUAUGGCUUUUUCAAGUAGGGAGAAGAUUUCAUCAUAUAUAUUUUAUUA